AUGAAGUCAAAAUGCUCCGUCCCAUGUCUCUUCCGGCGCUUGAGAUCCGCUGGUCUUCUGACGACACAGCCAACUGCUGUGACUGGAGGUGCUACCCCCAGCCUUUCCAGAGCUUGGUACAAGGCUGAUGGAAGGCUCUGCGUCUCGAAUGGGCCAGUUGCAAUCAGAGAUGGAAAACGAAGAUGUGAGAAGAUUGACAAGGAUCAAAGAUCUGGCUUUGUCUCGAACUGGGGCGUGAGUCCCCAGAAUUGCUAUUUUCAAGGGGAAAAUAGUGAUAAACCACAAACAUCUGGGGUUCCAAAUGUUGAGACAACCAAACAUCAGGCCCUUCAAGCCACAAGUCCUUGGUUUCUCUUUUUAUUGCCCAGCGCCUUAGCACCUGGAGCUCUGUCUUUGAGUGAACAUCGAUGGAUCUUUGAAGACUUGCUGACUCUUCCCGGACUUGGAUCACUUGGCAUAGGUUUGCCAGGAGUAGUGUCCCUGGGCAUUUUCCUGAACCCCAUGUUCGAGGCCAUGCCGCGGAUUCGCAAGAUGGGACAUGUGGGCGAGAUGCCGAUGCUCCCCUAUUCUGCCAUGACUUCGCAAGGAAGUGUUUGGACUGCCUACGGACUGCUGCUGAACAACCCUGCAGUGUGGACACCGAAUCUUUGUGCUGCGCUUUUGGGGAUGUACUACAUGUCAAUUUAUUGCAGCCACUGCCCAGAAUUGGGACAUUUGCUGAAAAGUCACAUCCUUAAGGUCUUAGGGACCAUGGGAUUCUCUGUCUUCGCCUACGCGUAUCUUCCGCAGAACAUGGCCUUGAAUUUGCUUGGAAUCACAGGAAAUGUGAUGACCAUCUUCAUGUUCGGAGGGCCACUGACCGCCAUUCGAACAGUGGUGCGAGAGCAGAAUACUAGAGCCUUGAAUUUGGGCUUUACUUGCAUUGUGAAUCUCAAUUGCGUUUUGUGGUUCUUCUAUGCCUAUUUCAUGCUUGACGAUCCCUACAUUUAUCUACAAGAUGGUGUGGGUAUCCUCCUGGCUACGCUUCAACUGGGCCUGUUUGCCCGGUACGGCGUUCAGCGUCACUAGACUAACACAGCGUGUAGAGCAAAA